CUCGCACAUGCUGACACGCGUCACUGCACCUGCGCUUUCGCUACCGAGACGCCCUCCCUCUGGGCUGAGGAGCCCUUUCCACGCGCUCAUAGUCCUUGCGAGUUUGGCCAGCACGGCGAGUUCGGCAAGCAUGUCGUCGCGGACCUUCCCGCUGCGCCAGGGCACUAAACUGGUCAUCAAGCAGGGAGACAUCACAGUAGAGGACGUGGAUGCUAUCGUCAACGCAGCAAAUGAGCGCAUGCUGGGCGGCGGCGGCGUGGACGGCGCGAUUCACCGGGCAGCGGGACCGCAGCUGGUGCGCGCGUGUGCGGAGGUGCCCGAGGUCUACCCCGGCGUGCGCUGCCCAACUGGGGAGGCCCGGAUCACGCCUGGCUUCCAUUUGAAGGCUCGCCACGUCAUCCACACAGUGGGCCCCAUCUACCACAACGACAGGGUGUCGGCGCCACUGCUGGCCAGCGCAUACAGGAGCUCUGUGGAGCUGGCGGCGCAGCAGGGGCUGGCCUCCCUGUCCUUCCCAGGCAUCAGCACAGGCGUGUUCGGCUACCCCUGGGAUAAGGCCGCCCAGGUGGCGCUGGAGUCGGUGCAGGAGGCGCUGGUGGCGGCGGGCGAGGGCUGCAGCGUGCGGGAGGUGCGCUUCGUGCUGUUCGGCCAGCCGCUGUACGACCACUUCGUGGAGGCGGCGGAGGCACUCACGGCAGAGGCGGAGGCGGCGCCAGAGGAGGCGGCAGCGGCGCCAGAGGAGGCGGAGGCACUCACGGCUGAGGCGGAGGCGGCGGAGGCGGACGCGGCUGAGGCGGAGGCGGCGGAGGUGGCGGAGGUGGCGGAGGCGGAGGCGGAGGUGGCGGAGGCGGAGGUGGCGGAAGCGGCGCCGGCGCCGACGCCGAAGGCAGCGGCGGCGGCGGCACCGGAGGCGGCGGAAAAGGACUUGUGAGGAGCAGUGAGAAGCUGUAAGAAGUUGUGAGGAGGCUGGGUGGGAUGCGAACUGCCGACGAGGCACCGGCGCCGCACAAGGUAACCCCGAAGCGGGGGUCAAGGGCGAUAGGCGGCGACGGUGCGGACAAGGCGUGCCUAUGCCAGCAUAGCACCGCGCGGGAAUUUACGGGUUCCAGUGGCUCUGCCGCUGUUCUGCCGCGAGGGAUGCACGGGCCUUACGGUCCAGGCGCUACCAGUGUGUGGUGCCGCUGACCGCUGGCGUGGGCGAGGACGUAGCAUGUGCCCAGUGCGUCUAUCGGGUUUGCUGUGAAACUCUUUGUCCGCGUGUGGGUGCCGGUAUUAAAGUUGAGGUCAGCCGCAAGGGCUAACCCGUUUUGGGGCGAUGGGGAUGCGUGGCAUCAAUCUGGGUAUGAUGGCGUGCACCAGGUGCUGUGUCACCGGGUGUGUUUUGAGGCAUGAAGGUGGGGUUGGGCACGAAGCUUACGACACACAGGAGCUGGUGGCGUAGCUCGUGGGGUUGCGCACGAGGGCACCCUCGCGGCCUUGCUCAUGGUGCUUCGGACGUGCUGGCAUCAGUUGGCACGAUAGCCUAGAUGCCAGCCUGGGCACGGGUGAUUAGUUGGCACUUGGUAACCGAGGCGCCGAGGCCGAGGCGCCGAGGCUGAUUUAGCCCAUCAUGGGACCAGUGUGCAGGGAAGGAUCUUGGGCGUGGGGCAUGGAUCGCAUUAAAGUGGCAUAGCUCCAGCUGUAAUCCAACUGAGUUAGGCCCGCGGCUGAGCUGGAGGUCGUUGUGGUGGUUGCAGCCUUACUUGGUCGCGGUGAAACGAGUUUCCGAAGGGCAUGCAUGCCGGGGGCUGGCGUGGCAGGUCAUCAACAUUCUAGCAUUAUCGCAGGCGAAUGCAGGUGCUGUUGCGCUUGACGCGCUGGAGCCCGGCACCUAGCCGCAAGUGCCACUACUGGCGCAAGUGCCACGCAGUUGCUUCUCCGUUCUCGUUCUGAUAAGGCGCCGACCCAUCGCUGUGGAAGUUUCUAUAAUUAUACUGUAAGCCUGGCGCAAA